AUGAGCGUCCAAGAACACAUCAUCGUGCAUAAUGAAGAUGCAUCAUCGCCCUCCGCAUCGGAGGACAUCAUUUCUCCAGUGACAACGGACUCAAUGGUGACUGUACCUCUGUCAGACCGCCAAUCUAUCUCCGAACGUUCCUCCACCCGAGCCGAUACGCCCACCACACCAGUUGACGGGAAAGAGGGACAAGAAUAUUUCAUUGAGACUGAGAAGGGAACUGAUCUGACCCCCAAAAAUGAGGCUGCGGGCAGAGUGGAUGAGACCGCUAAAGAAAACAACGUACAAGAAGGAUAUGAGUCUGCCACAUUCAUAGAAGGCGACGGGGGAGUUGACUGGGAGAAAUUGGAUAAAACAGAAAAGCAAGAACCACGAACAGGAGCGUCAGAUGAGUCUACGGCUCUGUUACUUGCCCGCCUAGAGCAGGAAAACAAUGCUCUGGCAACGAAUCCCAAGUCAGGGCUAGCAAAGACAUCUCACCGGAGAUCUCGGCCCCCUUCAAUUCAACAUCUGCAGAAGCUCGUCAACGACCCUCACUCUUCUUUACGCUACUCUCAACUACAACCGCCACCUAUGACCGAGCUCGAAUUCUGGGCGGCCUUGGUGUCCGAUUAUCCGUCCACAGCUCAUAGAUUACCUACGUUGACGUCGAACAAGAUCCGUGCCGGCGUUCCGCCUCCGCUCCGUGGGGUUGUUUGGCCUAGCAUAGCUGGAGCCAGGGAUACACAUUUGUUUGAAGAAUUUGGGCGAUUAUGUGGUGAAUCCAGUCCUUAUGAAGGGCUGAUUGGCAAAGAUAUUGGUCGCAGCUUUCCAAACGUUGAGAUGUUCCGCGACCCAAAUGGCGAAGGGCAACAAAUGUUGGCCAGAGUUUUGAAGUGCUUCAGUCUAUACGACACUAAAAUAGGAUAUUGCCAGGGACUUGGAUUUGUGGUUGGACCAAUGUUAAUGCAUAUGACAGAUGCGGAAUCAUUUUGUGUUUUGAUAAGGCUCAUGGAACACUACGACCUGCGUUCGUGUUUCUUACCGGACUUAUCAGGGUUGCACCUACGAAUUUACCAGUUCCAGAACCUUCUCUCGCGUCAUUUACCAUCGCUAUUUGCCCAUCUACAGUCUCUCAAUAUCGAACCAAUAUAUGUUUCACAAUGGUUUCUUUCCUUCUUCGCGGUAACGUGCCCGUUACCGAUGCUUCUCCGCAUCUACGAUGUACUAUUGCUGGAGGGAGCGUCAGAGACGCUGAUGAGGGUUGCACUUUCACUCAUGCAACGCAACGAGAAGAAAAUAAUGGCGUAUACCGAGUUCGAGGAUGUGUUGCAAUUUUUACUGUCUCGGGGUUUGUGGGAUGCUUAUGCGUGGAAUGCUGAUGAGCUGAUCAACGAUUUCGUUUCCCUAACGCCGCUCGUCACGAAGGAAAGCCUUCAGGCACUGGAGGCAAGUUAUAGCCAGUCUCAGGGUGUGCCGACUGGUAUUUCUUUCCCUCAGAUGCAAGCCGCAGCGUCUCGGUUCUUAGGUCGGUUGUGGGCUGGUUCCAGUUCGCAUAAAUCUUUAAAUCUUCCAUCGGCACGCCCUGAGAGUACGGUAAGACGCUCGCCGUCCAAGCAGAGCAUGGCCUCUACAUUGAACUCAAUGGAGACAACCGUCUCCGAUGCUAGCACUGCCCCUACAGAAUCCUCGAUGGGAGCGGAGCCGAAAGUGCGUGCCAAGUCAGCAAUCACACAUAAAGACAAAGACUUGCAUGUUCAGAUCGAGGAACUUCUGAUGGCUUUGAGCGAUCUACAGCGAGAACAAGCGGACUUGGCUAGAGACCUUCAGCGUGAGAGGGAAGAGCGGGAAGAAGACCAACAAAUUUCAAAAGAAAUGCUGAAUCAUAUCAAGCAGUUAGACGUCAGUAAUAGAAAAGAAGGCGCGGAUGAGCUUAUCAGCAAAGCGUCAGAGCGGUUUUCGACGGUCAAAAACAAGCGGAGCUCAAUUUUGCAGACGAAACAUCAACUGAGGGACGAAGCUAGUAGAUGGAAAGAAAAGCACGAAAUGGAAGCUGCAAGAUGUACCGACCUGAGUCGACGGCUCGAUGAGCAUGAGUGCGAAAAUUCGCGGCUAAAAGACGAACUGAGAGAAGCGCGAUCGCGGAUUCAAGACGGGUACCGGGAGAAACAGAAGUUGGAGCGAACAAUCCAGGAUCUCCGGACACGCAAAGCGGGAGCUGAUAAUAGCGGUCAGGACAACUCGGGGUCUGCGAGUGACAACGAAACAUGGCCCGUUACGUCUUCUGGGCUACGCGAAUUCAAACUUGGCAGAACAAAUUCUCAAAUAACCAAAUUCCCCAAACGCUCGAGUAGUUUGGGCUUGCAAAGUGUUCUCGGAUCGUCGACCACAGUGGCGUCAGAAAGUAGCAGCAGCAGCAGUAUGACGACGCCUGCAACAUCGGGCUCAGAUGACUCGCUGUUACUGGAGCUGGUCAAUGCUAAGACCGCAGAAGCAGUGGCGAAACAAGAGCUGGAGGAGGUAAAAGCCAAGUUGGAUUCACUUCGAAAAUUGAUGAAUGGCCACACGCGAGCCAAGCCGUCUACAGCGGAGCUCACGAUAAAUCUGUCAUCUGGAACGGUAGCUGCGCCGGGCAAGCUAUCGCCUGAUCCCGUGAAAAGCGUGUCGACCGGCGGAGGAUUUUUUGGCUGGGGAAGAAGAAGCACGUCGACGGUGGGAGUGACAGAGACGAAGUAA